UUCUCUCUUCGAAGAAUGCUGCUCCGGCGAUGGCGCUUGCUCGUCGCUGUGGCAACUCUCGCGAUUGGAAUGGUGAUAUGGACCUCGACACUGUCUCCAAAGAGGCCACUCGUCAUGCUCAAGAGCAUCAAGAUCAACUACUGGAAUGUUUCCAUGGGCCACGACUCGCGAGGGCUGCCAACCAGCCUCCUCACCUCCAAAUCCACAGUGGUGCUCAAGAUCACAAAUGGCGACGAUUUCUGGGGCUACAGCAUCAAAGGCCUCAUGACAAUGAACAUCUUUCUCCGCAAGAUCUCCUCCACAACCAUCGGUCAAUUCUACGAGCCGCGCAAGACCACCACCGAGGUGACCGUGGAGCUGCGAUCGAGCUCCACCCCACUCUAUGGAGCGUCGCCCAGCGUCGCUUACGGCGAUGGCGAUGAAUUCUACAUCUUCUUCGAGGCGGCAUUGCAAACCGAGGCUGGAUUCUUGCCCUUCAUGUACAAGUACACAUUCACGGACACUGUCACUUGUACGCUCACUGGCACAAGCGCUGGCCCUAAUCGCAACCUCGCCAUCGUCGCCACUGGCCAUUCGUGCCCACGCCUGGACGAAUAGAAGAGAGUUUUACCUUCUAGCAAGAGCUUGUCUGUCCUGCCAAAUAUUAUAGGGCUUUGUGGCAGCGCGAAUCGAUCGCGAUCGAUAGGUUUGCUUGAUUGAUGCGAGCAUUGGAUCGGGAGCGAGCAUGGAGUCGAGCGAUCUCCGCCAGCGCCUCCUUCCAGGCGAUGAGGUACGGCGCAAGAAUCUCAAUCACAGCGCAGGGGAAUCGAUCACGCCGUACGCCUCGGCCGGAUUGGCGAGCCGGGCUUUCUUCCUGUGGCUCAAUCCCGUGCUGGCGCUGGGCUACAAGGCGCCGCUGGAGCCGGCCGACAUUCCAGCGCUCGCGCCGGAGGAUGGAUCGCGGGAGGCGUGCAGUCAGCUCGCCAGGGCGUGGGAUUUCGAGCGGCGGCAGCGAGGGAUCGACGGCGCGUCGCUCUCCAGCGCGCUUGCGCGGUGCUACUGGAAGGAGAUGGCGGCGGCCGGGGUCUUCGCCUUUCUCAAGUCGGUGACGCUCUCGGUCGGGCCGCUGGUUCUCAACUCCUUCAUCGCUUUCGCCAAUGGGAGAGUCCUCUUCAAAGGCGAAGGCUACGCCCUGGUGGCGGCCUUGUUCCUCGCCAAGAUGGUCGAGUCCAUCUCCCAGCGGCACUGGUACUUUGCGAGCCGGCGAGUGGGGAUGCGAGCUCGCGCCGCGCUGAUUGGAGCCAUCUACGAGAAGGAGCUCAAGCUGUCCAACUUGGGAAGACAGUCCCACGCCGCUGGAGAGAUCGUCAACUACAUGGCGGUGGACGCCUACCGCGUCGGCGAGUUCCCUUACUGGUUCCAUAUGGCCUGGACGGUUCCACUCCAGAUCUUCAUCGCCAUGGGGAUCAUCUACUUCUCAGUGGGACUGGCUACGUUCGCGGGGCUGGCAGUCAUCUUUCUUACGAUGUUCUUGAACGGGCCGGUGGUGAGGAUGCAGCAGAAGUGCCAGGCCAUGCUCAUGGCUGCGCAAGACGAGCGGCUGCGAGCAACGUCGGAGGCUCUCAGGAACAUGAAGAUUCUCAAGCUGCAAGCUUGGGAGGACAAGUUCAUGGCCGCGAUCCAGAACCUCCGAGACGCUGAGUUCCAGUGGAUACGAGGAGUGCAGUACCGGAGGACUCUAAACUCCAUAUUCUUCUGGGUGUCGCCGAUCCUGGUCACGACUUCCACCUUCGUGGCGGCGUACUUCCUCGGGAUUCCUCUGUCUGCCAGCAAUGUGUUCACGGCUCUCGCGACGCUGCGGAUCAUCCAGGAGAGCAUACGCCUCGUUCCGGACGUGAUCUCCGCCUUUGUCAACGUGAGGGUGUCACUAGCUCGCAUUUCUCGCUUUCUUGGCGAGGACGAGCUGGACCCCAGCAUAGUCUCCAGAUCGUCCUCCCGUGACAACGAGGUUGCAGUUCGCAUUGAAUACGCGGAUUUCGACUGGGACAGUGAUGAGCUUAUUCCCACUCUCAAGGACAUUACCUUGACUGUCAAGCGUGGAGAGAAGCUGGCGGUUUGCGGAGAAGUUGGAUCCGGGAAGUCUACUCUUUUGCAUGCAAUUCUUGGGGAACUUCCCAAGCUUCGUGGAACGAUUCACGUGUCUGGAAGUGUUGCUUAUGUCUCUCAGUCAGCGUGGAUCCAGAGCGGAACGAUUCGAGACAAUAUACUCUUUGGUCUUCCACUUGAAAACGACCGGUAUAUCAUGACGCUCAGAGCUUGCGCUCUAGAUAAGGAUCUCGAAAACUUACAGUUUGGGGACCUCACGGAGAUUGGCGAGAGGGGCUUGAACGUGAGCGGAGGCCAAAAGCAACGGAUACAGCUUGCUCGCGCUAUUUACCAGGAUGCGGAUGUUUACCUCUUGGACGAUCCCUUCAGUGCAGUGGACGCUCAGACAGGAGCUCUACUUCUUAAGAACUGCAUAUUAGGGGCUUUGUCGGCAAAGACAAUCAUCCUUGUCACCCACCAAGUCGACUUUCUGCCAAUAUUUGAUUCCAUUUUGCUGCUGCACGACGGCGAGAUACACAGCUUCGGAAAGUAUGAAGAUUUAUUAAAAGAAAGCGAGCUCUUCCAAGACCUUGUUGGUGCCCACAAGGAUGUCAUGGGAACUCGAGCCCAGGGGCCCGAGAAACGGGUGCUGGACAGAAGGCUGAGCAGCAAAAAUUCUCAAAAGAGGAAACACGACCAAGAACAAGUGGCAGACAGAAUAAAAGGCGACCAACUGAUCAAACUGGAAGAAGUUGAGCGUGGAGACACUGGAAUGAGGCCGUUUAUCUAUUAUCUCGGCCAGGCCAACGGGUUUUUGUACAUCGGGUUGGCGGUGCUAGUUUAUCUCGUCUUCACUGGGGGGCAGCUUUCGUCAAACUGGUGGAUGGCAUCACAUGUUGGAAAUCCAAACGUCUCAGCUGGUCGAUUGGUCGGAAUAUAUGCAGCCAUUGGACUCAGCACAGUGCCGUUUGUCAACCUGAGAUCUCUUUUGACUGUCACCAUGGGACUAGAGGCUUCAAAAUCCUUCUUCUCGGAGCUCACAGCCUCCCUGUUUCGCGCUCCAAUGUCGUUCUUCGAUAGCACUCCAACGGGGCGAAUACUCAGCCGGCUAUCUGUGGAUUUGAGUAUUCUCGAUGUCGACAUUCCUUUCAGCAUGCAGAUUGCUAUGUCUGCAACUCUAAAUGCCUAUAGCAGCCUGGCGGUCACAGCAGCGGUCACUUGGCAGAUUUUGAUCGUGGUCAUCCCCGUAAUAUAUAUCAGCAGGAGACUCCAGCUCUACUACUUGGCUUCGGCUAGAGACUUGAUGAGAAUUCACGGUACAACGAAAUCGCCACUAGCCAGCUACUUGCAAGAGACUAUCGCAGGUGCUUCGACGAUACGAUCUUAUUGUAAGGAAAAGCUUUUUAUGGAGAAGAUGCUACAACUUGUCGAUGACAAUUCAGGACCUGCAUUCUAUAGCAACGCAGCCAAUGAAUGGCUGAUCCAGCGCCUAGAGACACUCUGGUCAUUAAUCGUGUGCUGCUCGGCUCUUGUAAUGGUGAUACUUCCCUCUGGUCAAAUUUCAGCAGGAUUUGCUGGUCUGGCGAUUUCAUAUGGUCUGUCCUUGAACGUUGCACAGGUGAUAAGUGUGCAAAAUCAGUGUAAUCUGGCCAAUUUUAUCGUAUCUGUGGAGCGUAUCAAGCAGUACCUGCAUCUUCCACGUGAAGAACCUCAGACAAACAUUCUAAAUGAGCCUCCUGCGAGCUGGCCAGACUGCGGUAAAAUUGAGCUUCAAAAUCUUCAGAUUAGAUAUGUGCCAGGAUCUCCACUAGUUCUAAAAGGGAUUUCCUGCACAUUUGAGGGUGGUCAAAGGAUCGGCAUUGUCGGGCGAACAGGGAGUGGCAAAACCACUCUAAUCAGCGCUUUGUUUCGUCUAGUUGAACCAGCAGGAGGGACAAUAGUUAUCGAUGGUGUUGACAUAACCAAAGUUCCACUUAAAGUUCUUCGUUCCAGGCUCAGUAUAAUCCCUCAAGAGCCAACAUUAUUUCGUGGUACAGUCCGUUUUAAUGUGGAUCCAUUGGAGGAGCAUCCGGACACCUUGAUUUGGGAGGUGCUUGAAAAAUGCCACCUUCGCGAGAGCAUAAAAGAGAAGCCAGGAAAGCUCAGCUCAUUGGUUGGAGACGAUGGUGAAAACUGGAGCGUCGGGCAGCGCCAAUUGUUCUGUUUAGCUCGAGCGCUACUUAAAAAGAGCCGCAUCCUUGUCUUGGAUGAAGCGACAGCUUCCAUUGACAACGCUACCGAUGCCAUCCUUCAAAAACUUCUAAGAGAGGAGUUUUCGGAUUGCACCGUCAUAACUGUAGCUCACAGGAUUCCCACGGUCAUUGACAGUGACAUGGUCUUGGCUCUGAGAGAUGGUAUUGUAGCUGAGUUCGACGUGCCGGAGAAGCUCCUGAAUGAUCGAACCUCGCUCUUUGCAAAGCUUGUGGCCGAGUACUGGUCUAGCGCUCAGCAAAAUCACUGAGGUUGAUCAAUUAUGAGAAUAAGAUGCACUGUUACUAGGGGUA